AUGCGUCCCUUCUGUUUCAGCGUGAAGGGACAUGUGAAGAUGCUGCGGCUGGCACUGACUGUGAUAUCCAUGACCUUCUUUAUCCUGGCAAAAGCCCCUGAACCAUACAUUGUUGUUACUGGAUUUGAAGCUGUGGCUGUUUUAUUUUUCAUAAUUUUAUAUGUGUUCAGACUUGACAACUUAAUGGACUGUUUGUUUUGGCCUUUGCUUGAUAUUAUUCACUCAGUGGUAUCAGGAAUAUUUACGAUAAUCGCAUCUGUGCUUGCAUUGAUACCAGAACAUGAAACCCUUACAGUUCUGGGAGGGGUGUUUGGGUGUAUGGCCGCAUUAUUCUGUGCGGCAGAUGCGGCCUUUAUCUACCAGAAACUGCGACUGAACCCAACUGGUCCUUAA